AUGAAAACGUACGUAUAUAAUUUGUUAGUAGCAUGUUUCGUGUUGUACCUGAGGACUAAUGUAAAAGCUGUAGGGGGUGACCCGAUGAAAUAUGCUGAUAUGAAAGGACUUGAUGACUUAAGUAAUUUAAAUGAUGAUCAAGUAAAAGAUAUAUUAGGACUAAAUAUUGCAGAAGCAAAAGAACGAAUAGGAAAACUAUUUAAUAUAAUUGAUAAAAAUAAAGAUAAAAUAUUAAGUGAUGAUGAAUUAAGUACUUGGUCUAAUAAUGUUAAGAAUGAAGUGUUUUUAAAACAAGUACAAGUUGAAAUGAAACAAAUAGAUUCAGAUAAAGAUGGGUUCAUAUCAUUAAAUGAAUUAAAUGAUGCCUUUUCUCAAAACUUAGAUGCAAAGGAAGUGGAAAAACAUGUAGAUGGAUUAUUAAAGAGAUUUCAAAUUGUUGAUAAGGAUAAAGAUAAUAAGUUAAAUAUCAAUGAAGUUGGUCUACUGAUAGACCCAAUGAAAGAUGAAGAAUUAAAAGAAUUAGAGAUUAGUGAAAUAUUAAAUCAUCAUGAUGUAAAUAAAGAUGGAAAAAUUUCAAUAGAUGAGUUUAAAAGAACUAGGACUGAUGAUCCCAGUGUCAAAAAAGAUGAUGAUGUUGCUCUUGAUGAUUUUAACUUUUUUGAUACUAAUAAAGAUGGUUUUAUAGACAGAGAGGAAAUUAUUAAAGUUUAUUUUGAUCCCACACAUGAAACUGGAUCUAUUAAUUUAAAUGAAGUAAAAAAUUCAAUUUUCGAAGGAAAACAAAUUACUUAUGACUUAUGGAAUGAUAAGGCUCUAAAACUUGCUGUCACUUCAUUAACAGAUUAUGGUGAUAUAUUAAGAUAUCCUGAAGAUUUUAAGUUAGACAUUGGUAAAAAUGUUGUUUUACCAUCAAGUAGAAAAGGAGAAGCAGAAGAAGAGGACUUAGAUCAAGAGGACUCAGCUACUGAUGAUAAGGAUGAUGGUGCUGAGCAAAAAGCCCAAACCGCUGAUGAAUUGUAA